CUACAAGAAGAGCUGACAGAAAAUCAUAACAGGAUCCGGAGUGGGGCUGGUGGGUGGGGGGCGAGAGGAGCUCGUUUGUCCUGGGAUCUACUGGGGGACCUACGGUACAGGCACAACCAAGCACUUUCACAAGCAUCACAUGACCCAAGCCGCCACCGGAACCCGUUUAAGCAACCGCCGAAGUCUCCUCUCUGACAACUCACACCAUAACCGCUCUAUACCGACUACAUUUAACCUUAGCAGGGAGGGGCGGAGCCAAGCCAUACCGAGGAACGCCCUUGAUCUCCUUAUAUGGGAAUAUGACGUGCAGUCGGCAGUGAGGAUGAAAUAACUUACCCUUUAAUUUAAUGUAAAUACUGUAAUAUAUCGGCACAAACCUUUGGAAUAAUAUAUAUAUACUUUUUGCAUUUUUUUGGGCAAUUUUUUUUUAAAAAUCUAUUUUUAUGGCUGUAUGAAUAUUUUUUAAGCAGAAAGGGAGCCGACGCGUCGUUACGGGGGUCGAUUUUUUUUUUUAAAUUAAAAAAAAAGAAAUAGGAAACGAUGGAGUCGCCCGUGAAUGGUUCCAACAUGGACCUGGCGGAGGAGGAGAGCCUGAUCCAGCCCGGCAAAGUAGAAGACUGCCAGGUUCCAGAGGGGCGGAAGGAACCUGAUGAGGCGCUGGUUCCGGAGAUCCAGAUGCUGGAGGGGAAUGAAGAGAUCGUGGUGUCGGAAUCGGUGUCUCAGAAUCAGGAGACCGGUGGUCUCGGUGGAUCCUCUGUCGCCCAAAGUGCGAGCGAAUCGGAGACGGGGGACGCAGCGCCACUGGACUCCAGCAGGGUGACCGACCCGUCGGAUUCAGAGAACAAGGAGAGCAGCGGGGAACCUUCCGAGGGCAACACGGAGAACCCCUCCCUGCAGAACCUCCUCUGCUCCAGUCCCAGUGCCAGCCCUUCGGAAGAGGCUUUGGAGGCCGGACCUUCUAGUUGCCCGGAAAGCGGCGCCUCGGCCGACUACUACUUUGUGAAGUGGGUCAACUGGAAAGGGGAGAGGACGCCCAUCAUUACCCAGAGCGAGAAUGGACCUUGCCCUCUGCUGGCCAUCAUGAACAUUCUCUUCCUGCGCUGGAAGGUAAAAUUACCCCCCCAGAAAGAAGUCAUUACGUCGGAGGAGCUGAUGGCCCAUCUGGGAGACUGCAUCCUCUCCAUCCAACCGCAGGAGAAUUCCGAAGCUCUGCAGCUCAACUUCCAGCAGAACGUAAAUGACGCCAUGACUGUGCUGCCCAAGCUCUCCACCGGGCUGGAUGUCAACGUGCGAUUUACUGGCGUGGCCGACUUCGAGUAUACCCCCGAGUGCAUCGUGUUCGACCUGCUGAAUAUUCCUCUCUACCAUGGCUGGUUGGUCGAUCCACAGAGCGCAGAAGCAGUACAGGCUGUCGGGAAGCUCAGUUACAACCAACUUGUGGAGAAAAUCAUAACUUGCAAACAUUCGAAUGACAGCACCCAGGUUGCAGAAGGUCUCAUAGCGGAGCUGUUUCUGGAAUCUUCCGCCGCCCAGCUGACGUAUCAUGGCCUCUGUGAGCUAAUGGCUGCCGUGAAGGAGGGGGAGCUGAGCGUCUUCUUCAGAAAUAACCAUUUCAGCACACUCAUAAAGCACAAGGGGCACCUGUACCUCCUGGUGACCGACCAAGGGUUCCUGAACGAGGAGAAGGUGAUCUGGGAGAGCCUACACAACGUGGAGGGGGACAGCUGCUUCUGCGACUCCGAUUUCCACCUGACGCAGCACCUGGAGAAGGAGGCCUCGUUCGGCAGCCCCCAGCAGCUGCAGCAGAGACAGGUGGAUCAGGAUUACAUGAUCGCUUUAUCGCUGCAGCAGCAACAGCAGGGACCUCUGGCAAUGAGCGACCUGGAGCUGGCCCAGCAACUGCAACAGGAGGAAUAUCAGCAGCAGCAGCAGCAGCAACACCCUCCCCAUCAGGCACCUCAGCAAGCCACACCCCAGCAGGCUCGAGCACAGACUUCGGGGCGCUCCUCUGGGGAACGGCGGCAGCGGGCGAAUAAGGAUUCUGAUUGCACCCUGCUGUAGCCCCCCCCCCCCCCAGUACACUGGAGCAGCGAGACGCACCGCUGGGGUGCGCAGAUCACCGUCCCUCUUCGUGCUGCUAUUUGCCGACACUCCGUGAUGCGCCCCCACCCAGACCUAAAGGCAAGAGCACCACGGGGGGGUCAUUCUCUGGUACCAAGGGGGCAAUUUCCAACACCUGCCCCCUCUGUAUUUUUUUUCUAAUUCGGUAGCAAACCUCUUCUUGUGACCAAACCCCGCCCCCUGAUCUUUAGGUGUGAAGUUGUGAACGAUCUUCUUUUUCUUACGGGCAGCGGCGGCGUUUUUGUGUCUCUGUCGCGGCGCGGCCGAGCGCCAAUGUUUACCACUGAUCUAGGUAUCCACUUAAAGGGCUAGAGAGCAGCCGGAUUGGCUACUUGCGUUCCCCGACAGUCGCCGCUUGCGCGCACCACCACCCACCUUACGCUCUUUGGCGCCCCUUUUUAGCAGUUACAGAACCUUUAUAAGGCAAUGGGAACAGUUUUGCACCUUACGCUUGAAACAAAAUAUCUACUUUUUGAUAAUGAUGUGAUUUCCCCCCCCCAAUUUUUUUUCUUUUGCCACGCCCACAUUUAAGCACCUUUAUCCGCCAUGUUGUUUAUUCUGCAGCUUUUAGUUCAAGGGGAAAUAAACUGUCGCCUCUGCACUUGGCUCUUCUGCAAUCAGUGUUCUGUUUGGGGGUGUCCGGGGGCCCAUGCCCAAUGGCGGGUUGGCUGGAUGCUCCUCCUCUGUUCCAUUUGCAGACAUUGCCCCCCCCCCCCUCAGUAUUCACGUGACCAGCAAUAGUUGCCCAGUGGGGUUGCCGCCUACGCCGGGCACUGCCAAGGUUCCUUCUCUCAAUACUCACACAUUCACUCUGAUAAAUAAAGCAUUUUACCUCUCACUCA